AUGGACGAUAAUUCAUCUUCAUUUAUUCAAUUACAUCGUGAUGAUUCUGGCUAUGGUUCUCCAGUACUUAAUCAUGAAUAUUUAAGUCCACACCAAUCUUCAUCAAAUUAUUAUUCUUAUCAACAUACUUAUCAUCCGCAUCUUACUUAUACAAAUAAUUCAUUUCAUAUGUAUGAUCAAUUAAUUGGUAAUAAUAAUAUUUACAAUACGAUCGAUUCAUCAAUGACAUUACCUGUAGAACAACUAUCAGCUCCAACAAUUGAUUUAUGUUCAUCACCAUUACCUAUUUGUACAAAUUCAUCAUCUACUACUCCAUCAAAAGAUUUAGCUAAUAAUAAUAAUAUCUGUCCUCCAUAUGAAUAUAACAUCAAUUGGGUUCCACCACAAGGUCGUCGUCGUCGACAACGAACUGUAUUUACACAAAAUAAUGUUCAACAACUUGAUAGUGUAUUUAUGCAUAAUCAAUAUCCAGAUAUUGAAUUACGUGAAACACUUGCUGCUCAAAUGGGUGUUCCAGAAUCACGUAUUCAGGUUUGGUUCAAAAAUCGACGAACACGUGCACGAACAGCACAUCGCCAACAACUUAAACUAUCAGAAUCAUCAUCAUCUCAUUAA